UUGACCUUCAUGGUGCGUUCAAUGGGUUCGAUGACCACCAUGGAUAAUCAAGAAGAAAUAUUGGAUGCACUAAAUGAUUUUGAGAAGAAACCAAGUCAAGAAAUUCCGCCAGUGCUUGAACAGUUUCUUCAACGAAUAGCAAAAACUGGCGAGACGCUAUUUCCAUGGCCAAGGCUAAAACCGUUGCUGGUGUCGAAGUUGGAUGAGGUUAUGAAACAUUUUAACCAAGAAGUUCCUGGUGAUCAUUUUUCCAUGUGCCCCAAUGUUGAGAACGUUCGGUAUGAUGACAUGCGAAGCCGGAUUUUGUCAUCCUUGGAUGCCUUUCAUGGUGCUCCAUUUACCAUCCAGCGUUUGUGUGAACUCAUCACAAACCCAAAGAGACAUUACAAUAGAAGUGACAAGUUUCUUCGAGGCAUAGAAAAGAAUGUUCUUGUUGUCAGCACAGUAGAUCCAUUUGGGAGAAAAAUUGUGUCUGAAUCCAGAAAUCUUGUGAAUGGGUUAGACACCAAUGGCCAGGUAGAACUGCGAGAUGGGGUUUCUGGUUCCAGUCGCCCACCUCUAUGGGCGUCUAAGAAUACUGUUGGUGUGUGGCCGUUCCACCCAGAGGGUGCCCACAACAGCACGAUGGUGUGUCCCUUAGAAAUCAGCACAGCCACUGACAAGGAUUCAGGCCUACAUGAGGAGCCCAUGGAUUCUACCGUUUCCACCGUGCAAGACAGUAAUGAAAUUCUGCAGCACACUGAGGACAUAACCAACUCACCUGCACUCCAUCCAGUUCAGGAAGCCGUGGUUGAGACAUCGUUGGCCCAGCCUGGUCCGGACUUGAUGAAUAGUUCAGUGGAGGAGAUCACAUCGGAGGCUGCUGUGGAAAUCCAUUCGGUUCUGGUCGAAAAUUGUGCUAUUCCAGAGUCGUUACCAGUAUCAAAUUUCUCGACAAAUACUGUGGUGACAUCCAAUGUGGGCAAAGAUAGUUUUGCCACCGAGGUAACCUCCGAUGGCAGUUUGACGGUGACCUCUCAGGGUGUGUGCGAUACGGUUUUAUCUGCCAGUAACACAGUUUCAGUAGUGACAUCGGAUACGGUGCAGGAAUGUGUCCUAAGUUCACAGUCUUAUGACGGUGGAACUUCUUCUGAAGUUGUUCUGGAUUCUACAGUGAAUAACCUUAGUUCGGAGCAUGUACGAGUGGAGAAUGUAUCCCAUGUGAGCGAGGGUGACAGUCAGCAACAAACAGUUACAGAAACAGUCGGUAGAACUGAUCUGUGCGUGGGCAGUUCUGAUCUACAGGAAGCAUCUCUCCAUGACAGUUCUGAAGUAGAGAUUAGUACCUGUAGCUCUGUGGUGAGCUCGUCUGAAACAGUCACAAAGGAGCCUCAAGACUCGCCUGCUGUGAUCCAGCCCACUAGUUCUACUGGUCACCUGGCAGAUGAACCACAGUCGGGUGUGGCUGCAGAUGAGGCACAGAAGCUGGUAGACAAGGACACUGGAUCUGGGAAUGAUGCUGAAGGUAUCUGUUCUCCGGAUGGAGUGGAAAACACAUCUAGUGCAUCAGUGGAAGUAGUUACAUCAGGUAGUUCUCAGAGUGACGUGUGCCAUGCAUCACUGACAAAACCAGACAGUACGUUGACAGCUGAUUCUGUCUCAACAGCAGACUGCAGUGUUGCGAAGCCAGAUACUUCUGAUAGUAAAGCAAUAGAUACUGACAAGACAGAUUCGGGUGAUUGUGAAGGAAGGGUGGAUGUGGGCAAGCCAGACUCGGAUGGUUCUGAUGAGUGUGUUAAAACAAACUCUGGGGAAAUGCCAGUGACAGACAAGCCCGAGUCUGGUGAUUCUGAAAGUACAGCAGGAACAGACAAACUUGAGUCUGGAGAUCGUGAAGCAUUGACAAAUAAUCCAAACUCUGGAGUUGGUGAUGAAAUGGCUGUACCAUCUUCCUGUGAGUCUGAUCGGGACGUGAGUUUGGACUGUAGCAGUACGGUGGAAGAGGUGUCACAUGCUAAAGACACCAGUGGUGAAUCAGUCACUCCCAACACACAAGAAGAAGAAGAUAAACCUGCAGCAGCUACUGUGACAGAGAUCAUGUCUGUUGAAACCACAAUAAAAACUGACAGCUCGGUUUCUGACAACACGGCCAAUAUGGAAUCUGUCCAGGACCAGACUUCUACAAGAUCAGUAGAACCCAUGGAACAGGACUGAGCAGAAAGCGAUUUGUGAUUGGUCACUAAUUUGUAUAAAUAUAUUAUAUUGUACAGCCGACCUCAGUGCUACAAAGUUGAAUUAUAUAUAUUUAAACUCAGGUUAAAAAUAUUUGAUUUGCCAUCCUCGAAUUUCACAAAAAAGUUAUAAAAUAUUUGAGAAAAUUUAUUACAAGAUGCAUGCAUUUUUAAGUUCCCAAUUUCAUUCCCAUUGGUUUCCCUUCAUUUUGUGGUCACUGUAAAAGGUGUCUUGUCUGUUCAUUACAUAGUUUUCAUAAUGAUUCACUUAUAACAUGAGUGUUGCCGGGAAUGGGUGUACACAUUCAAUUUUCUUUUAACAACAAACUUAUUUUAGCUUGAUGCCCUGUGUAAACAAAGUUGUAUUACUCAUAGUAUUCGGAAACAAUGUUUAUGUACAGUCAUGCAGGUUUUUUUUUUAUUUAAUUAAAAAGAGUUAAAAAAAAAUUCUAACUGCAUUUUUCAGUUGGAACAUCAGAUAAGAUGUUAUGAAUAAUCAAGUAUUAAUAAGCACAGAGUUCAUAAAUGUCUAGUCUUCGACAUGACUACAAUGUUUAGUAUUUAUGAUUAUAUUCAGAACAGUAUUUUUAACAAGCUGAAUUGAAAGAUGGCGACUAUAGUACUAUUUCUUUUAAGGAGCACAUGUUGGCUACUAAGUCUGGUUUGACAUUUUAUUAUAUGUUAGCUUUCUGACAAAGGGGUGGAUAUGGGGGUGGCUUUCUGACAAAGGGGUGGAUGUGGGGGUGGCUUCGUAACAAAGGGGUGGGGGUGAGGGAUAUUUGUCCUAUUACUGAGACCUGAGACAUUUAAUUUCUGGUAGCAAUCUGAUCAACUAUUUCUGAUGAACAGCCAAAUGUCACCAUUGCAUUGUAUUCUUACAGUAAAUGGAGAACAAAUAUAUUUUGCAUCUCAAUUAGACAAUAGUCUGCAUAUCUUUAACAUGAAAUAAAACACUUAUAUAUUACAAAACGGCAAAUGGGCUUCUGAUGAAUGAGAGAACUAUUCAGAAUUAAAUAAAACAUGAUUGGUAGUUUUGAUCAAAUACUGAUUUGUCAAACUACAGUGAGAUUUUAAUACAUGUACAUACAUUUAUAUCAGUUGUAAAAGAAAGGUGACUUCUAACAAUUGAUGCCAAAUUUUGAAAACACUACUAUUUAGUUAAGCUGGAAUCUUGCAUAUAUGUCCCUUUGUCAGAGAGGAGCUGAUAAUUUGUUUCUACAUAUACCUCGGUUGAACAUCUAUUUCUAGUUCUCUUUGGGUGAGGGUAAAACUGUUGGAUGCAAUAUAAAUAAUUUGGUUAAAGAUGAUGUUUUAUUAUUAUUAUUAUUAUUAUUAUGGUUAAUGAUACAGGAUGUUUUAAUUAAAAUGCAUUCCUGCUAAAUAACAUAAACAUCUAACUGUUCUAUACAUAGGUGCAUUGGUACUUGUUUCUCAGAUUAAUGUCUGUUCCACAAUUGUUUUCUUUGUUAUCCCAGAUACAGCCUUUACACAAAUGAUUGUUCAAUGAUAACCAAUCAAAAAGCAUUCUUACUAAGUUACACAAGAAUAUAAAGGAAACUGAAGAAUGUAAUAAUGCAUUUAUUGGAUCUCAGUAAAUCUCAUUCAGCAUUAUGCAGGGAUUUUAACUGUCAAAUAUAAAGGAAAUCACAAGCUCUUGCUGCUAAGCUAAUUCACAAAAUAGCAUGUUUAAUGUGCAUUUAUUAUCAAGCAUUUUAUUGGUCUAUAUGUUUACAAUGAAAAUUUUCUAAAUAGCCAAUUAUAUUUUUUUGUGGUUUGGUAUAAAAUCUUUCUGAUGUCUGUUGUUUGAAUUAAGCAUUUAGUUUAAAAAUCUCAUAACUCCCUGAUUUCCAAAAUCUGUAUGAUUAGAUUCUUUAAAAUGUUAUGUCCAUGGCUGAUGGUGUGAACAAGACCAGCUAUCCCAAUAUGAAAUGGCUCACACAACAUCUCACUGGCAAUGUUUGUGCUUCAUGUACGGUUUCAUUUGUGCAUCAUCAUCUUCAGUGAUUGUAUAAAAUAAAGAAUGAAAUACUUGA